AAGUUCCAUCAUCGGAGACGCCGUGGAUUGAUGGAGCCAACCAAUCACAUAACGAUAAUCGUCAAAGACACGGAUGGGAUUAAAAAAAGGUAUUUUAGUAUUAGUAAAAAUACUAAAAUGAAGAAGCUUAUGAAUUCUUACUGUGCUCAUUACUCUCAUCAUUUUGACUCAAUCGCUUUUCUCUUUAAUGCUCGUCGCAUUUGGCCAGAUCAGACUCCAUAUGAGCUAGACAUAGAAGAUGGGGAUGAAAUAGACGCUGCCUUGUAUGAACAUUGGAGCGCAUGCAUCAAUAUCGAUGUCAAAGGCCAGGAUGGGUACGAAGCUUCCUACAGCUUCCGAAGAAACUGUCCAUUGAAAAAGCUUAUGGAUGAAUAUUGCAAUCAAUAUGAUCUAGAUGUUAGUAGAGUUGGUUUUUUGUUUGACGGGCGUCUCGUCCAAGCUGAGCAGACUCCACACGAGCUGGGAAUUGAGGAUGGUGAUGAAAUGCUUGUUAUGCUUCAUCUGAGAAGACAUGUUUAGUGGAAAAAUUAUAAUGAAAAGCUUGCCAUGCUUCAUUGUAGAUGGAACUGGUUUAACUUUGGACUAGGCAAAUUAAUGCAUAAUAUAUGUACCUUCUAUUUUCUAGUAAUAUUAUGGUGCUGUUGCAGCUGCUGACUUUGCACUUCCUAAUUAUAACCUUAGUUUAAUUUAUGGAUGGAUUAUCAUAGUUAUAUAUGCAUCAGUUGCCUCCAUGAGGAUGUGAUGUAUAGAAGAAUAUAUGAACUCUGAAUGGGUAUUGUUGGAUAUUGGACUUAUGUCCUAAAAAGUUUAUAAAAAUGAAUUUUACUAGUUGACA